CACGGAAGACUAUUAGUGUAGCUACCGUGUUAUGGUGUAGUCACGUGUGUUUUGAAAAGUUUACGCGAAUGGAGCAGACUCGUAUCAUUCAUUAGCGUUGAUAAACCCUCUACUGCUUCCGUCAUUGGUUUAUGUUAACAUUUGCAGGUAACGUUAGCUUCAUUUAGUUGGCUAACAUUAGCUCGUGCGAGCGCUGUGGACAGUUUCCGCAUGAGGAUAGUACCGAUUCCGGUUUAACGUGAAGUUACACGUUGGUUACCGUUAUUGGUAUCUGUGUUAGUAGAUUCAGUUGAAUCAAAGUUAUAUCUACGGCGUAGUAAAGCAAAAGUGUUGUUAACAAAAUGGUGUUUUUCACCUGCAAUGGAUGUGGCGAAUCCCUGAAAAAAGCUCAGGUUGAUAAACACGUGAACAUGUGCCGGGGUUGCCAGGUCCUGUCCUGCAUCGACUGCGGAAAAGACUUCUGGGGUGAUGACUACAAGAACCACAUUAAAUGUAUCAGCGAAGACCAGAAGUAUGGAGGCAAAGGCUACGAGGCUAAGGCUAACAAAGGAGAUGUGAAACAGCAGCAGUGGAUUCAGAGAAUCAAUGACGCCAUGAACAAACCUGGAGUCAGUGCAAAGCUAAAGAAUGUGCUCCAACAAGUCAGUUCAUAUGAUAACGUCCCAAGAAAGAAGGCUAAGUUUCAGAACUGGAUAAGAAACAGUCUUAAAAUAUCUAACACCAGUCUUCAUGAUGAAGUGUGGGACAUCCUCGGUGCAGCUGACAAUCCUCCUCCGGCCCCACAGGAGACUAAAGAAGCCAAACAAACAGUGGCUGAAGUCAACGUGGACACUAAUGGAAAAGAAAAGCAGAACGGCCAUCCAGACGUGGAGAAGAAGAAACUGAACAAACGUGAGCGUAAAGAGGCCCGUCAGCAGAAGAGUGGGAAGGCUGUGAAAGGGGCUGAAAAGGCUGUACAGGAGCCAGAAGAAGGCAAAAAGAAAAAGAAGGACCGAAAGAGAAAACACAGUGUUGAGGAAGACGGAGAGGAUGAGCAGAACGCUGCUGGAAAUGAGACAUCGAGCAAGAAAACAAAGACAAAUGACCAAGAGGCUGCUGACGUAUCAGAGACUGAGGACCAAGAAGUUCCCAAAGGCAAAUUCAACUGGAAGGGAAAUAUCAGGGCAGUGCUGAGAGACUCAGAUGACCAGGAACUGGCACUAAAGAAACUCAGGAAGAAGGUUUUGGCAGCGUACUACUCUUUCACUGGUGCUGGAAAUUUUAAAACUGAGGAGGAGGUGUUCGCACUUUUCAACAAGAAGAUCAACAACAAUCCCAAAUUUAGAGUCUUAAAAGAAAGAGUUAAACUUGUAAAGUAGACCUGUUAAUCUCACCCGUCUGGCAUGAAAUGUAUUGUUCAUAGACUUUUAAAAUUCAAACGCCUUUGUUGUCUGUCAUCCUCCCUUGGAUGUUUUUAUACAGAUGACCUAAUCUCGAAGAUUAAAUAAUUUUAUAACUGGA